GUUUGACAAUGGCCGCGUUAGGGUCGGAGAAAAGCGAGUCAAAAAGCGGCUCAAGGGCGCAAUUUUUACUAGUUUAAUCCCUCGUCUUUGCUGCAUGCUUGGUUUCUCUCUCACUUUCUCACUCCUUUCCUUCCCCUUGUCCUACCAGCAGAACGAAAUCUUAAAAAAAGAUGGGGGUUGGAGAGAGGGGAAAAAGAAAAGACGGGAGUGAUGAGAGCUACAUUAGGUGCUGCUUUUCUUUCCUGUAGGAACCUGCUAUUCACUUCACAGAAAAACUCUUCCCCGCACCAAACAAUCAUCCUAUAAUUUAUGCAGAUGAUGCCAGUCGCUCUCUCUCUCUUACCGAGGCAUGGAGCUGACCCAUUUGAUUAAACGUUUGCAGAGAUCGGCCCGGCCCGGGUGACAUGCGUGUGUCGUUCGUGCAUUAUUGAUAAGUCACCGACGGUGGGGCGGAAGGGGUCGCUGUUAUGCAAACUUAACAUGCGUCCUCACACCCCCUCCUCCACCCUUACCCUGGUGGCAAGCUCGCGGCCAUGCCCUCCUCCCCUCCCCCGGGGUGUUAGCAAUAGCUAAAGGCCAGCGGCCAGCGUCGCCCCCGUGCCGCGCGGCGGCUCCGCUUGAGUUGGCCAUCGCUAGGGCUGGGUGGAGGGGUGGGUGGGCAGAAAGUACACGUGCUUUUAAAACGCUGAAAAGAUGGUGGAGGAGUGCGGGUGAGGGGGUUGGGGGAAGAGGGAGGACAGAGAAAUGCAGAAAACUGUCACUUGUUGAGCUUCGGCAAGCCUCGGCGCGGGCCUGCCAAUCAGCUCGCCCUUGUUUUGCGGGUGUCCUUUGAUUAGUGCGCUUGCCGCCGCCGCCGCCGCCGUUGCCGCUGCUGUUGCUGCGCCAGCCCGCCCUGCCUGACAGGCCCCUCUCUCUCUCUCGCUCCCAGCAAGCGUAGUUUGCUGUGCCGUGCUCGACUGUGUGUGCUUGCUGCUUGCGGCAGCUGCUGCUGCAGCGCGUGCGCCUUCUCGUGCAUGGAACUGGCCUGCAUGCUCUCCCUUCCUACGUUCGCUGCGCCACACGCCGCCAGGUGACAAGAAGACGGACAACCGGCAUGCUUUGCGGCGCUGCAGGCAGGACUGCAAUGACGACGUGUAUACAACUGUGACGAAGUGCUCCCUACCACCAGCAGGCAAUUCCUGGUUCGUCGGUUCAAGCGUAUUAUGCACAGAUCUUUGCCGCAUAUCUCUGGCCAUCUGUGGUAGCCUAUGCAGCAGCAUAACUCGCACAGGAUCAUUUUCAUUGCGUCUGGGCUGAUCAGAUGCAGGAACUCCAUCUGCUUCUGAAAUGAAAUGGCCACCAGCCUGCAGUGGACAGAAGAAUGGACGUCACUUCCUUGAAACCGAGUGUCAAUCAAGCAUCCCGCAUGAUUCCGCACGUCACUCCUGCCUCUCCUUCCCUCAGUCACAGCGCACACAGGCUGCAGAAGCUCUGCCAGCAGGAGGGAGAUGACUGUGACCGAGGUGAGCUUGUCUCCCCAGUGCAUCCAGUCACCCUGUCCUUCAAAAUGGCAUCUGCAGCAGGUGCCCCGCAGAACUUGGACAGACAGAUGAUGGUUGGCCGCAAUGGGUUUUUGGAUAGAAAUUCGUUUGGUCUUUUGAAAGAUUCAGGGCUUGGAGUUGACCAGGAUAACAACUUGUCACCAGACAUCUCAGUCAUGCAGCUGUCAUCAGGUAACCCAGGCAUUGGGAUGAUGAGCGGCAAGCAGUGCCUGGGAUUUGGUGAAGCUGGCAUGGGCUCAGAGGAAGACGAGGAGAUGCCACUGGAAUGUGUGAAGUGUGGGCAGGACUUCCACAACAUGCAAGACUAUGUGGACCAUGCAUGCCAUGUACGUAAAGCAUCUCUGUUGGCAGGCACGCAGGACUUCCAAGUCGAGAGAGAUGCGUAUUGUGGUCUGAGUGGGGACAAGACAGAGGGUUACCAGAGUGAUGUGGAAACCUUCAAUGGUAAGAUCGUGUACAAUCCAGAUGGAUCAGCAUACAUCAUUGAGGGCAGUGAUUCAGAAGAUAGCGAUCUGGAGGGGCUGGAUGUGCCAAAGUUAGAAGGUGCUAUUGUGGACAGAAAAGGACUUGCUACUUGGCCUUCAGCUCCACCUAUUCCACCAAUCGCUAGUGCAGUUUUUGUCCCUAAAAACACUUCUGGUUGGAGCAACCUUCUCAGGACCUCUUCCACUGAUUCUGUUCAUGGAAAGAGCCAUGGUGCUCCUCUGAUGCACAGUUUUAGGGUGUAUGAUGUGCGCCAUCUGCGAGGCACAGGUGGCUCAGAAUACAAGGUCAUAGACACUAGCAGUGGGAAUGAGCCACAGGGUCAAGAGCUCCCAGCCAAACCAAUUCUGAUGUGCUUCAUUUGCAAGCUGUCAUUUGGAUAUGCAAAGUCUUUCUUAACUCAUGCUACUGGAGAACAUAACAUGAACCUCAUUGAAGCUGAAAGGACUUUAAUCUUAAGACCUACAGCUUCAGCAAUAAUACAGGGUAUUGGUAAAGACAAGGACCCCCUGAUGUCUUUCCUGGAACCUUUACAGCUGCCUCCUAGCAACAAAAGCAGCUGCACUGGGUCAGGAGGUCAGGCCACCAGCACAAGCAACCUGCCGUUCUUCUUUCCCCCAGCCGCCAGCACACCUGUUUCCAAACACCAGACAGCACCUACCAAAGUCAGCUACGUGUACACCAAACCUAAGAUGUCCAAAGAUAUCACACGGUCCCCUCUCUCGGACAACCUAGAUCAGCAUUCAGAUGAUUCCUGUUCUAAAGUGUCCACAGAUUUCUGGCAUGCGCACUGCAAAGAGCAGGCAUCAACCCCAAGCACUGACGAAAACAGCACUGAGCACGACGGUAACCUGAUGCAGUCUUGCAGGCCAGAGCAUGUGACCAGCAAGAACAUUGUGCCUUCACCAAGGCCGACCAAUACCUCAUCGCCAACCUCCAUCACGGACUCUCAUAAUUUUGAAGCCUCGAAGCAAGAUGCAUCAGAGCCAAUGUGUGUGCAGGAAUCGAUGCCCAUUUCCAGUGCUUCCUUGGCAUCAUUGACUGGAGAACAUCUCGGUUUCUUUGGCUCCUGUGAUGAACAUCCCCAGGGUAGAACCCAGGAUGUCGAAUGCCCCAAGUGUGACAUGGUCCUUAGUUCAUCCCAGUCUCUUGGAGGCCACCUCACCAUGAUGCAUUCUCGCAACUCUUGCAAAACGCUCAAAUGUCCAAAAUGUAACUGGCACUACAAAUACCAAGAAACGCUUGAGAUCCACAUGAAGGAAAAACACCCAGACAAUGAUGCUCAGUGCUUCUGGUGCAUGAGAAAUGAACCACAUCCUCGACUUGCCCGCGGGGAGACAUAUUCAUGUGGCUAUAAGCCCUACCGUUGUGAAGUGUGUAACUAUUCCACAACAACUAAGGGUAACCUCAGCAUUCAUAUGCAGUCAGACAAACACAUGAAUAAUAUGCAGGAACUGGCCAAUGGCAGCACAGACAUGAAAUUAGCAGGUACAAGCAACCACAGCAACUCCACCCAAAACAAACCUUACCAUGAAGACUCGCAGUUCAAAAAGAUGAAGCCCAAGCAGCCAUGGCGCUGCGAGGUGUGCAACUACGAGACGAUGGUUGCGCGCAACUUGCGCAUCCACAUCACAAGCGAGAAACACACCCACAACAUGAUGGUUCUGCAGCAGAACGUGAAGCACAUGCAACGGGAUAUGCAAAUACACAUGAACCAGCUGAUCAUGAUGGGUCAGCAAGACCCAUCCGUGUUUGGGCUGCCGAACCCCCUGAACCCAGGAAUCUACCCCUAUGACCAGACCAUGCUGGUCCCUGGGACGCCUCCUGGAUUCGACAUCCCCAUCAGUAUGGCCCAUGAAAAUGGUGCGCCCCCUGAGGAAGUCAUCUCAGAUAUGUCUGAUGCCAGCAAGCUUUUCCAGUGCUGCAUCUGCAACCAACACUUCACAGACAAUCUUGACGCCCUGCACCAGCACCUUCAACUGGACCGCACAAAACAGAGGGAGUCGGAGAACAUCAGCAUUGCCAAUGGCACGUACAUAUGCAACCUGUGCACCUAUAAGACCAACCUCAAGGCUAACUUCCAGCUGCACUGCAAGACAGACAAGCAUAUCCAGCGCUUGCAGAUGGUCAACCACAUCAAGGAGGGUGGGCCUGAGAACGAGUGGAAGUUGGGCUUCAUCAAUGCCAGCAACCCAACGCAGGUGCGCUGCAAUGCAUGCAACUUCUACACCAGCAGCGUGCACAAGCUGCAGGUGCAUGCUUCCAGCAUCCAGCACGAGAGCAACGCUACGGUGUUCCGCCUUCUGCAGCUGGCCUUGAUGCGGCUGCAGUCCAGUCUGGGCACAAACAACAUCGGACGCUACUACUACAGGUGUGUCCUCUGUGAAUGCAAUGUACGCACCAAGCAAACCAUGGUGCACCAUGCCAGGACUCUCAAACAUAUUCAGCAUGAACAAGCUGGGCAGCUGGCAAUUGAUCCCAGGGACAUCUUUGUAGCUGUGACAUUGCAUGAUGGAGAGAAUAUCAUCUAUGAGUAUGAUGACGACAUUGAUGGAGAAGAGCGAGCUGGUGACGGCAGCUACAACCCAGACGAAAUCCUGGAUACUGAAAAUAAAGUGGAAUUUUCUGGAAGCAACACAUCACCUUCAACUUCAGUCACAGCCUCCACCAGUCCCAGCAGCACCAUCAACAACCCAUCUACAGUUACAAGUAUCUCGCUUGUUAAAACUUCUGAACCAAGUGCAGCAAGUUCAUCACAGAGUGAAAGGCAUCGAAACAGUCCUCAGGGUAAAUCAGUGACCACCUUGGAACAUACCAAUGCACCUGUGAGUACAGGCAGCUCGUUGGAGCCCUCAGGGCAGGCCAGCAGAGUCCUGUGCCCCUUGUGCCAGGAUGAGUGUCUGGGAUUGGACAGCCUGCAUGAGCAUUUGUCCCAGUCCCACAAGGUCAGCCCAGAAGGUCGCCAGCGCUUGCUGCUCAUGGUGGACAUUCCAUCCACAAUGCCAAUGCCAGCACCUCCAUGUGAAAACUCUGGCAAGGAGGGAGUGCCAAUCUCAGCAUGUGCUACUGCAAACUCUGAAACCAAGAUGUCCAGCAACAGCACGUCCACAUCAUCAUCAUCAUCGCCACCAACUGUGGCACCACCAUUUAUCACCUCUCCAACAUAUGUGUACACCAUUGAUGAGACAGAAAGUCUGGAUGUGGACAAACUAGAAAGAGAACACCAUAGACUUGUAACAGAGGAUGCCAUUGAAAUAUCUAUUCAGGGGGAAAAGGCUGAGGUCUCUGAAGACUUCUAUCGAUGCCAGACAUGUACAAAGUCCUUUGCAAACAUUGACCUGCUCUACGCCCAUCAGAAUGAACUUGGACACCUGGAACUCAAGCAGACACCUCGAGGACCAGGCUACUUGUGCUGGAAGAAAGGAUGCAACCAGUAUUUCAAGACUGCUCAAGCACUUCAAGUGCAUUUUCGUGAAAUCCAUGCUCGACGGAACACCUUAGUCUCUGCAGUAGGGGAGCAGCCAGGUCAGAUGCUGCGAUGUAGUCAGUGUUUCCUUGCCUUUAGAUCAGAGGCUAGGCUUCAGGAGCACAGACUGUAUCACCUGGCCAUCGCAGUCACUCAGUGCAGUGUCUGUCAAGCUUCUUUCUCUUCUGUGCAAGAGCUUCGAAGCCACCUCAAGAUGUACCACUCAGAUCUCAGUCCAUCAGAAUCCGAAAACCUUCAGAAAACUAUAGACCUGAAUAUUGCCACAUUAUGCAGUACACCAGGCUGUGAAAAGUUCCUAUCAUUUUUCCUGGGAAUUUCUCCCAAAACACUUGCAAGGAAUGUAUCCACUCCUUCAGCAGUGGAUAUAGGAAAUUCUGUCUCACCAGAAGAUUUGGUCAGGGAAAAGAGUUCUGAGGUACCUGUCUCCAAGCAAAAAAUGGCGGAUAAUGAUACUAAGCCAGGAUACGUCUUCAGCAACAGGGAUAUGGAAUUAACAUCCAGUGAUAGUGCCAAAAUGAGAAUGAAAGAGCUAGCAGAAAAAAUAGAACGUGAAGAUGAGGAAGCCGAUCAGCUAGAGAUUCUCAAGCAAAGCUUCCCAGAUCAGCAGUCACUGGAAGACUUUAUAAACAGUCAGGCUAUGGCAGAGGGAAACUACGAAGACCCAUCACGCAAGUUUAAAUGUCAUCGGUGUAAGGCAGGUUUCACCAAGCAGAGCUACCUGACAGCACACAAUAAGACACAGCUACACCGACGUGGAGAUAAAGUUAACUAUUCAGUAGAUCGGUACCUGGAUCCCAACAGACCCUUCAAAUGUGACGUGUGCAAGGAGUCGUUCACUCAGAAGAACAUCCUCAUGGUACACCAGAAUUCAGUGUCUCAUCUUCACAAAGUCAAACAGGCUGUCCAGUUUGGUCCACCCAUUUCCACAGCCGGUGGUCAGCUGCAGCCUCUACUCAAUGACCAGCCAGCUCAUACCAAUGGAAAAACUGGGUCCUCGAAAAGUUUGACAGAAAAGAAACCAUACCAGUGCAACUUGUGCAAGGUUGGGUUUGGGCAGUCUGAACCUUUUGAGAAUCAUCUUCGGUCAGUGGGACAUCAGUCUCGUCUUGCAAAAAUCCCAGAAUUGGUGAUGUCUGGGCAGGUCAGCUUAAACCAGAGCCUGAUUGAGCAGCCAGACCUGGCCCUGGAUCCUCAGACCCAGCACCUGUUCAUGGAGGCUCUCCAGCAACAACAGCUAGCAGCCGUCACAAGUCAGUCACUGCUUUUCCAGACCCUCCCCACUCUGAACUCCUUGCCAUUAAUGGGGAUGCCCCAAUUGCUACCUCCUGUAACUACCUCUUUGAUGAGUCCAACAACCGCUGCUCUGGCAUCAUUUGCCUCAGCCAUGGCACUAGAAUCAGAAUUCAACAGUCACCGGUAUUUUUCUGCUGCUGAGGGGCAGAUUGGCGAUGUUCACCAUGAAGCCCACAAGGAGCAUUCAAGCAAUGGCAGACAGAUGGUCGACUUGGAGCAGCAAACAGUUGAAACACAUGAUGGAAAGAAAAUGAUGAACUGCAGCACAGAGAGUACCGGAACAAAAAUGGAUUUGAUGAUGAAAGACAUCAUCAUCAAAAAGGAAGUUGAGGAAAGUGAAGAAAUGAGAGCUGCUGAAUUUGCUGAUUUUGCUGGUCACUAUCAACAUGGACAGAAAGUGGAUGUAGGUGUGGGGCAGUCGAUGGGCCGGGUCUUUGACCUGCAGCCUAGCAACCCAACUCUGGCAGCCUCGAUACCAAUCAUGACUGCACGGCCCAGGGGAUUCAUGGGUCGUUUCAAGCCACAGGUGCAUCGCAACUUGUUAGAAAAUAUUGGAUUUGAAUGUGUUAUGCAGUUUAAUGAAUACACUCAGUCGAAAAGAAAGGAAAAAGAGAAGGAAAAAGAGGAGAAAGACCAUGAUAUAGAAUGUUUACUAGAAAGCAAGGAAAAGAAAACCGAACAGGCUGUUCUCACAAAAGAUGAGUUGCAUGGAGGGGAGGAAGAAAAGAGAAUCAAAGUUGACCUUCCAGAAAUUAACAAGAGUAAAUGCAUAUCAUGCGGAAAAGAGUUUUCAAGUGUUUUCGUUCUGAAAGCCCAUGAAGAAGAGGUACAUAAAAAUGUUGUCCCAAUCUCUUUUGUAGAAAAUUUUGGUGAAAAGUUCAAGACGGACUUUGAGAAAAAGCAGCCAAAAUCUGAACCAGAAAUGGUUCAGGCAUCCACUCAGUCGACUCAGGUGCUACAGCCUGCUACCCUGAAUCCUCCCCCUCCUGCUUCUACUGCUGCUGUUUCAGUUAAUGUCUCUUCAGCUGUUGAUAAGACAUCCAAAAUGAGUGUCAGUGACAUGCCACCACCACCGCCACCACCUCCUCAGCUGUCAUCAGCACCAGCAUUUGACAUGGCUUCAAUGAUGCCUAUGUUGAGCCUCAUGCCAAUGCCAGUGCCCAUGAACCUCAUGUCGCUGGGCAUUCAGCCUCAACUCAUGCCAAUGAUGUCUGGAGCAGCCAUGGACAUGCAAGCAGGCUUUUUGCCUCAGCUAGGCAUGGCUGAUCCUGGUAUGAUGUCAGCCCAGCAGCAGAUGCAAGCUGCAGCUGCUGCCGCUGCUGCUGCUGCUCAGAAUCAGAAACGUGUCCGCACCAGGAUCAGUGAUGAGCAGCUGAAGAUUCUACGUGCCCACUUUGACAUAAACAACUCCCCCAGUGAGGAGCAGAUCAACCAGAUGUCAGAACAGUCAGGGUUGCCUCAAAAGGUCAUAAAGCAUUGGUUUCGAAACACAUUAUUCAAAGAAAGACAAAGGAACAAGGAUUCUCCUUACAAUUUCAACAACCCUCCUUCCACCACCAUUGAUCUGGAAGAGUAUGAAAAAACAGGGAGGAUCCCAGCUAUUAAAGUUGAACCCAGCGAUGAUGACGAUGAGCUUUUGUCAACUUCUAGACCAGAAGGUCAAGAGUCAGAAUCAGAUCUGAAGCUACCGUUGCAGCUGACAAGUAAAACUGAGAGCUUGCCAAAGUUUGAAUCUGCUGAUGAGAGGAAAGAGCAUGAAAGCCGAUCAAAUGCUUCCACACCAUCCAACAUGUCUUCCAUCCCCACCACCCCCACAUGCUCUGCUCCUCCAACUCCAACCCCAAUGGGUACUCCCACCUGUCUUACAGAUGCCCAUGCUGCAGCUUUGGCAAGAGAGACCGCUGCUCAGGCGUCCUUGACCAAGCGUGCCAAUCGCACUCGAUUUACAGAUUACCAGAUUAAAAUGCUGCAGGAUUACUUUGAACAGAAUGCCUAUCCAAAGGAUGAUGAGUUGGACCACCUGUCCAAGCUUCUCAAUCUCAGCCCUAGGGUAAUUGUUGUUUGGUUCCAGAAUGCCCGUCAGAAGGCUCGGAAGAUCUUUGAGAAUCAGCCAGCAGCAGCAGCAGAUGUAAAGGAAAGCAACACGCCUUUCCAGCGAACCCCAAGCUUGAACUAUCAGUGCAAGAGAUGCAGCGCAGUCUUUCAACGCUACUAUGAGCUGAUCAAGCACCAGAAACGACCAUGCCUGUCAGAGAACAACAACAACAAGCCUCUCAACUCUACCAUGACAGAUGAUGACAGCAUCUCGAGCAACACCUCUUUGGAUGACUCUGCCCAGUCGGAUACCAUGCCUGCAACUACAACCAAAGAUGUUCCUCCACCCAGCAUCGUCCCUGCAUUCCACUGUGAUAAGUGCAGCGCGACGUUCAACCGCAUUGACCUGUUGCAAGAGCACCACAAAGUCCAUGACAUGAACCCCUCACUCUUUCCACCUUUCAGCUCUACCAGUGCUUUUGGCAUGUUACAGUCUCUGGCCCAACAAGAAGACAACAAGUCCAUCCUGAGUGUUGCAGCUGCCACUGCUAAACGUAAACUUGAAGCAGAGGAGGAGCAUGUGGAUGACCAGCCUAAAGACAAGCGACUCCGCACCACCAUACUGCCAGAGCAGCUGGAUUAUUUGUAUCAGAAAUACCAGAUUGACUGCAACCCCAGCCGCAAGCAGCUGGAAACAAUAGCUCAGGAGGUCCGACUGAAAAAGAGGGUUGUACAGGUGUGGUUCCAGAAUACUCGGGCGCGGGAGCGUAAAGGACACUACAGGGCUCACCAGCAGCUCAUACACAAGCGUUGCCCUUUCUGCCGUGCCCUCUUCCGUGCAAAAUCAGCAUUGGAGUCUCACCUGGCUACAAAGCAUCCAGAAGAGAUGGCCAAGGGUGAAAUCAAUGUUGAUGCAAUCCCUGAUGCAGCCAUGGAAAGUCCUCAACCAGCACACAGUCUGCCAGGCUCCUCCACAACACCUCAGCCUCUUGCCGCUGACCUCAGUAAAAUUUUGUCCCCCAACAGCAUGCAGCCCUAUUUCACAUACAUGCCCCCAGCAAGCUUAUCAUUGGGUUUUCCUCCUGCUGUCUCACCUGACCCUCUUCAGCUCUCAAUGAAGCAGAUUUAUGAAGAGUCUUACAAAGAUUACAUCAGUAAACUGAGUAGUAGUGCUCACCCACCAAAGCCAAGUCACAUCUUAGAACCUUCCACACCUUCUCGAUAUCCAGAAUCGGAAAAGCGGACACCAGCUGCCACCAAUGAAGAGGAUGCUCCCCUUGAUCUCAGCAUUCCUGUGAAGUCAUGUGGCGAAAACAGUAGUGAAAGCAGUAGAAACAACAGCAAAACUCUUCCUGCAUCUACCAGCUUUGCUGAAAAGAUUAGCAGGGACUAUGAACGAGAGCGUAGUCGACACAGCAGCAACCUGGAUGACUCAUUCUCCGAGACACAGUCCGAGCUGGCCGACUCCGAGUACCAGGGAGACAUGGGUAGUAGUCCCCCUUCACCACGAACUUCCUCCGGAGGAGCUGUCCAGAACAAGCGCUAUCGCACUCAGAUGACCAGCCUCCAGGUCAGGGUCAUGAAGACACUGUUUGUUGACUACAAGACACCUACAAUGGCAGAGUGUGAACUUCUUGGCCGAGAGAUUGGCCUUCCAAAGCGUGUCGUGCAAGUCUGGUUCCAGAAUGCGCGGGCCAAAGAAAAAAAAUCCAAGCUAGCUAUGGCCAAAACUUAUUGUUCAGAUGUGGAUUUUGCCAAGACACCGGAAGAAUGUACGCUCUGUAAAUUCACAUACUCCCAUAAAUUCACUGUUCAAGAUCACAUUUUCACAAAAAGGCACAUUGACAAUGUUAAGAGCUAUAUACAGUCUCAGUCGGAUGCUGAGCGUGAGGUUUCCGACACCAGUGGUGUGUCAAAUUUGCUGAGACAGCAGUCCCGUGAGCUGGAAGCUGCGCGUAAAAUCUGGGACAAAACAUCACCCACCAGCACCCACCUGGCUCAGCUGCAAGGUCUGAAUGCUGCUGCAGCCUUUGGACUGCCAGGUGCAAUUCCAGGUCUUAGUUCUUUGCCAGUGAUCUCAGAACUUGGCAGCUCCAGCACUGGCGCCACUACCAGCAGCAGUAGUAGCGGUGGUAGCAGCAAAAAGACAAACAAAGAAGAAACACAUAGCAAAGAAAAGAAAAGUGAAGCAUCAACAAGCAGCAGCAAAGAGCAACAUCAGCAACAGCAACAACAACAACAACAGCAGCAGCAAGCUGCAGAGCUGGCCCACAUGAUGGCCUUGGGGGGUUACCUGCCUAGUCUGGACCCCUCCUACUUCUCCUUUAUGUACUCCUGCUUACCUGGAUACUUCCCUAGUAUGGCAGCCAUGCCUAUUCUGCAGCCAGGCUUACUGCCAGGAGCAGAGCAUUUGAUGGCAUAUGACCCUCUGUCUUUUGGCACACCAUUGCCUCAGCUGCAGAUUCCAGGACAAGCCAUCAAGCAUGUCUCGGAGAAGCUGACAGAAAGCAACUGCACGCUGGCCCAGUACACCCAGGACUGCAAGUCUCUUGGUGACCUCAAGGCCAUGGUAAGCGCCUCAGACUUCGCCUGCGCCAGGGAGGCCACAGUGGACGUGGGCUACAUUUGCAAAAAGUGCCAGAUGGUGUAUCCAGCUCGUGAGGCCUGUCUGACCCACCAGCGCACAAUGUGUUACGUGGCUGGCGGUGAGAGCAGCAAAGGCAUGCUGAAGUUGGAGCAAGUCCAGUAUGAGUGCAGGGUGUGCUGCGACAAGUUCUCCACCUUGUACGAGUUCAAGCUGCACUGCCAGCUAGAGACCCACAUGGUCAAGGUUGGCAAGCUGGGUGUCAGCCACAUGGUGUCGGCCACCAAGCCAUCCUAUUCUAUGGGGUUCUCCAUCGCAGAGUCGCCAGCAUCCUACUCUUCAGGAUCUGGAGUACUGGGUGGAAGUGGUAGCAUCAGCAACAGCAAAGUUUUGUCCCAUACAGUGACCAGUUCAUCCGCGUUCACUUCCAGGAAGUCUCCAGCUUCUGCCACCAAUCUGGACACAACCCCAGACAAAAGUCAGGAUGCCAAAAGGGCAAAACUGGAUUAAUGGAGCCAUUUAUUAGAUGUUACUACCUCUGAAAGUGCAGCCGGCACCAGGAAUCUGUGAGGACAGAAAGCAGUUUGCAAGUUUGUGUCACCUUCAAUCAAGUGGUAAAAGGGUUUAGUGAGUGACACCUUCCCCCCAUGCUCUGCAGCCCCUCCCAUCCAUGGCAGUGAUUGGUGCCAGAGCAAAAGGCUUGAUGAGGUGAUCGGGCUAACACUGCUGGCACAUCCAUGCAAGAGAAAAGAGGGAUUAUUCAUGCUGGAGUACGAAAACCUGAGGAAGAAACAGCAGUGAUUUCCACCCCAGUUUCUGCUGACCUGCGUGUGCAUACACCCUACACACAUCAACACCAAAAAGAUAAAAUAGUCAGGUUAAGGAGAUGCACUUGCUGUUUGUUUGGGUUUUUUUUUUUUUUUUUUUUUAUUGUUGGUACAAAGAGAAGGUGGCAGCUCACCUUGUUUAUUUGAUGGUGCAUCAUGCCCAGUGUGGGGAAACAUGACAGGUUAAAGGUCAUUUAAUUGGAAGGGGUAGCCCUGCUGGAGACCAGCACUUCCUGAGGGAAGUGAUCAUAAGAAAUGCUGACAGCAGCAUCACAUAUUGGUCAGUCUUGUGGAAGUGUUUGUGGUGCAAAAGCUGUUUGAUCCUGCAAGUUCAUUUCUGCAGUUAUCAUAGCAGCUUGUAUUCUUCCAUGAGUGAAUUCAAACAUGACAGCUAAAUUCUGUCACAUGCAACACAUGUAGACAUGGUCACUGCUGGAGGCUUCCUGGUGGGAUAGGAAUGGAGCAAAAAGAGAUUGAGGCAAAGACAUUGUUAAUAUUGGUGAUGUUGGGUUCAUACUGGUACCUUGCAUGCUCACCAAUUGUUCACUGCUGCAUUUGGCACACCUCCCAUUCAAGUGGAGGGUGAUGGAGGCAGUGCUUAUUUUCAGCAAACUUUCUAGCUCUACUGAGUUUCCUGGUAGACUUUUAGCGAUCUCAUUAAUCACAAAAAAAGGGCUGAAAUUUUUUUGUGAUUGGUUUUACAGAAUUCGAGUUUGAUUUGUUUAAAAGUGUUCCUCUGCUCAGACACACAAACGUCAUGCGUUUAGAGUGAAUGAUUAUUUACAUGCAGCUAUUUUUCAUUUGGCCGAUGUGAAGAAGUAUUUGUUAGUUUUGCAGCAUGAAUUUUUCUCUUUUGUGUGGAUUUUUUUUAUUUUGUGUUUUUAGUUUCCUUCCAAGUAGUUUGGUUGGGGUUUUUGUGAGGGUGGGGGAAAGAAGUAUGGGUUUUCAUUUCCCUUCUGUUUUACAUUUUUGUUGUUGACUUGGUGGAAAAAAAAGUUCACCAUGAUAUGCAUGAAAACACUAAUUUUCUAGAAAUUUGAAAACCAUGAGUGUAGAAGCAUGUUCCUAGAGCUGAUGUUUCAGGUAGCAAAUAUACAAUGCUACCUAUUAAAAUUUGUAGUUAAAAUUACACGAUUGUGUAACUUUGUCUUUUAAUCUGUGACAAAAAAGGACUAUCAGGAUUUUAAUGUCUUCCUGAAAGAGAAGGGUAAACAACUUGGUGGAAUUUUUUUAUUUAUUUUUUUUUAUUCCCUGCUACUGAUCUAAGUGUGGGGUCUGGAAGGUUGUAAUGUCUUGUUAAGAUUUGAAGCCAUAAAGGGUUUUCGUUCAUUCAGAAAUUAAAGUUUGAAUGCUUUGAGCAGGUAUAGUUGAAAACAUUCAACCUUUCAAGCAUUUUCUUCUUCAUUUUUAUGUGAAGAGAACAAUGUGUUUUGACUGCUCUUCCCGUACCUCCAAAGAUGCUGAAAAAGUUGCAGUAGCCAUGACCAUGAAAGCCAUCAGUCUCGGAUCUUCGUCUCAAGUAUUUCAGUUCCAGAGCAAACACAGGUUAUUCUCUUUCAUGAAUUUUAUUUUCCCCCAAAGGGAUAACUGCCUCAGCUAGGUGUGACAGCAGAAAUAUCUGCAAAACUUGGAGAAGACCCAUAUGCAUGACAGUCCCCCCUCCUUUUCUUUUUGAUGGACAUACAGGGUUUGUUUUUUUUUUAAUGUAUACUGGUGCAUUUUUUUUUUUCGAGAUGACUUGCAGCUACAUUGGAGCAAGAACUAAUUCUUGCCUCCAGUACAACAGCUGGUUUGAAAUGGCUUCCGAGAUUUGAACUUUGUGUACUAGUAUUCUAGUAUGACUUAUCAAAGAUCACACAUGUGAUUGUAUUUUUGAUCAGUGUGGGGAGUAGAAUGCCUGUGGGCUUGGUUUUCGCUCCUUUUUUUUUUCCACUAAUGGAUGCGUAUGUGAGAAAUGUUAUUACUGAACAUAUGAACUGAGACCAGUGGACAGCACUGUCCUACAUAAUUUCUAGUGGCAUUUACAUUUGUGUGUACCUAUGUGAGAUUUUCUGUUGAUCUGCCAGAAGUUUUCUGCUUUAUUGUGUGAUGUGUGCAUAUGUAAAAAUAGUUUGAGCAAUGUUUGCGAUUGUUCAUGAUACAUAUCUCAUAUUGUAGGACUGUGCUAAAUGUAGGAAUUUCUUCCAAAGCUUGGACAGGUCAUAGGGCUUUAAAGGAUUGUGAAUUAUGAUUACUUUUUUUUUAAACUACACUCAUGGAUCAUGAAAUGUCCUGCAUUGGCCAGAAUGCUGAGGCAACGCUUGUGCUUUUUUGUAUUUUAUAAAACACACUUUGUUGUGUUUAAAAGCUGCCACAAAGAAACACUGAACUUUACAAACUUCUGGGAUAUGCAUGAUGAAAAAAAGCUUUCUGGUUUGCAAAGAUUAGAUUGUUCUCAAUAGAUAACCAGUAACAUUUGGAGUACCUCACAAUGGUUAAAACUUUGAUGUCUCGAUUGGCUCUGUGUAUAGUAUUGUUUCUGCUCUUUUUAGCUAUAGCUUGGUGUGCUGGCAUCGUUGAACCAACCCUUACAAAUGACUUGCUCCACCUACCCAUCACCCUGUCUACAUGCUCUACCCUGCCUGUCCCCCCUUAUUCUCCCAUCUGUCAGUAAUCAUAAACACACAGACACAUUACUAUUUUCUUUUUUUUUUUUCCUAAGAAGAAUUGGAUUAUCAUUUCCCUGCUCUUGUUGACCUUACCUAAUGUUUUGGGUUAGCAUGCUUGUUGAAAGCUGUUAGUGGUAUAUGUUUUCUAAAAGUGGGCACAUAAACAAUACAGUUACUGCGUGACCAACAUCAGUUUUGCACCAUAAGCCAUUGUCAUCUUGCUCUAGGACAGCUUUUUAGAGUCUUACUGUUCUUCCCAGAAAACCAUAAUUUGCUUUCCUACUGUCCACUCAUCCAGCCACAUUCCUGGGAUGUGGCCUGCCUAGCAGUGACCAGCCUAUCGUCAGCUGGGCACCAGGAAGUUUGAAUUGUUUGCUUUUUUUUUUUCUUACUUUUGCAUUUUGGGUUGGGAGCCACUGAGUGAUGAUAAUUUUUUUUAGUACAUUGUCAUUGUGUGUGGUUCUGCCAACAGUUGUGAUGGUGACGAUUAUGUGUUACUUAGUGAUAAUUGCCAAUAGUUGUCAUAUCAGCCAUACAAUACACUGUAUAUUCCUCGCCAGUAGUAUGUGAUUUUCCGUUCACUGUGUAUAUUAUUGCCUUCAGUCCUGCUCCUGCUUGUUCUUGUCUUUCCUGAAGAGAUUUUCUUGGCAUCAUUAUGUCAUGAGAGGAAAUGAGUGACAUGCGAAUGCUGUGGGAGCAAUGCAGGGUUAGAUGGUUAAAUAUUUUUACGUAGCAUAUUGUUUGAUAAUGCACCCUCCUCUCCCUUCAUCCCCUAACCACUUGUAUCAGAAGUGUUCAUACAGUUGCGAAGCUUUACAAAUUUGUCACACAUGAUGUGAUAACACUUUAUUUUAGUCCAGGCGACUUGCAUAUGGGCAGUCCAUGACUGUUUUUUUUUUUUUUGUGCUGUGAAUUGCAGAUUUGUGUGGUGGUGUACAUAGAUACUUGACAACUGUGUACAGCAUUGAGAUGUUUACUGUAUUGGAUCUUGGGGACCCAUACACAUUGUGGUGACCAUUGGGCUCAUGUUUUUUUUAUAAAAAAAAAUAAGAAGCAUUACAGAUCAUCAGACAUGUUGGAUUUUAUCACAAGCGCAACCAAACAUCUGCCAUCUAUUUUUCAUAAUAGCAUUUAUCAUUUGCUGACAGAAGCAUACAAUUUUAAAAAAUGACGUUGGAAUAUUCAACAAGCAAAUGUUUCUCAUGGUGGAUCUUUUCUCUUGCUCCCUUUUCUGGAAUUUGGCUUGUGCAGUGUUAGUGCUAUUGUGGACAUGUAGAUUUCAGCAACAGACUGCAGGAAUUGUUUUAUUGUGAAUGGGAAUGCAUGCCUGUAAGCAUAUUAUGUUUCAGUAUUAGGACCAUCUUUUCUAUGUUCUCAACACAUCAGAAGGUUCAUACAGCAUUUUACUAGCGUGUUUUUUUCUUCAACAAGAACAUCAGGUUGUGGCCCAGCAUUCUGCAUUUUCCAGUGAGAAACUUCAAAUGUGUAUGAUAGCACUUAAUGGCCACAUUUGAAACAGCCCAAUGAAUUUAGUUAUUAGAAUUUAUCUUAUCAAAGAUAUAAUCAAUGCGUUGUUAGAACUAUUUGUUAAGGGAACUUUCAACAUUAGCUUUAAGCUGUACUGUCUUGAAUUAUUUGUACUUUUCAAGAUAAAUGCAGAUUAACGAAAAAAGGAUGUCUGCUGAAGUAAACACCUUAGUUCUUCAACAACAAAAAAUCCUCAAUCAUUUUUUUUAAGCAAAUGGUUGUUUUCUUACUCUGCUGUCUCAGUAUGCAAAUGAUUUUCCCUCAAACAGUGGAAUCCCAGGUUGUUGCAGUAAUCAAGCUUGGUGUGUAUCUUUUCACCAAGAUGCUAAAUUCAUUCCACUGUGCCAUUGCAGCAUUCUGAGCUGUUAUCUUUUGGGUUUUUUCCUUCCCUCUCCAUUGUUUUGAUAAAAGAAACUCAGGUGAUGGUCCUGCAGUCCCUUCAUGUCCACAAGCUGAAAUAUGCCAUAAGAAUGCAGUAGUGAGAGGAGGAAAUCAGUGCUGGAAGUGGGAGAGUUAUGGGAUCAUUUGUUGGGGGAGUCCUCUUGGUUUAUUACUGUUAUUCAUUUAUUUCGUCUAUCAUUUGGUUUCUUUCCUUUUUUGUGAGCAUUGACAUUACAUUUUGUUUUCCUACCAAUUUAUAUUUACAUACAUUUUGUUAGAAUUUUACUAUAUUUUGACUAGACAGCUAUUUGUGUAUGGAGAUGCAAGACGUUUUGAUGACUCUUGGUAAGAAAAGCAGAUCUGUACAGGUUGCAUUUGUACAAAUUAAUUCUCAGAUCUUGUGUUCAUAUUUAAGCAGAUGUGUGAAACCCUUACCCCCCAAAAAAUUUAUGAAAAUCUCAGUCUGUCUGCCCCAAUAAUUCAUGAACUUAUUGUCCAAACUAGGAAGUGCAUCGAAGGCACUUGAGUUGUGGAUUCAUACAUAUUUUCUUGUUUUUACCACUUAGACAUAUAAGACUCCAUAAUUAUUCAAGUCAAGCUAACUUCAAGGGUGAAGCUUAACACAAAUUCUGUGCAUGUAAUGACUGUAAAUACUGGUGUGAUAGAGUAUGCGAUUGGUAGAUCUUGGCAUUUAAAAAAAAAGCAUUGAAAUCCUUCAGCUGUUCUUAGGUGCUCUCCCCCAUUGUUGGCAAAAACCCUUCUCUUUAUCCUCCCGAACAGAGGGGCUAUCAGCAUUUCCUCUCUGUGCUGCCUAACCAUGGACCAAGCUGGCCAGAUGCUAUGCUUCUUUAAUUGUUAAUGGAUUGAGGGACUAGAAGUUUGACGUUAUUGUGUUUUCAUGGUGAUAUUUAUAUGGAUGUUACAUCAUGCUGUGACCAUCUCAUGUGAUUUUUCUUUAGCCCAGUACUUUACAAAAGUGAAAUUAUACAGUUUUUAACUUACAAGACUUAUUUGCCAGGUUUUAUUUCCUCUAAUGGAUCCGGUCAUGUCCUAUGGUGAGUGCAGGGCCUCAAGCUGUUUUCCCCCUUUGUAAUAGUUUUUGUAUGCAUUUUGUAUAUUAGAUAACUCCUCCCUCUCCCCCAACCCCUCUUGCGCCAGUUAUGUUUAACGCCUGUCAUAAAACUCUGUCGGCGAUCGUCUUAUCCUGGCGACAUCAAGGACCGUCCCGACCCCCAUGCUCCCCAAAUCCACCAGGCAGAAAUGCCAUUUCCGACAAAGAGCAAACAGCAUAAGGGAAUAAUAGCCUGGUAUAGGUGUGCACCUUUUUCAACCCUGUGUUUUUUGCUUUGGGAAUGUUUCUAGGGUUUUCUUUCCUCUCUUCAUGUAUCCAGCAGAUUUUUCCCCCCCGUUCGUGUUGUUAAACGAAACAAGUCCAUGGUGCACGCGCAGCUGAACAGCGUGAAACGUUCACAGACUGAAAUAAAUGUCAGGAAAGUACAAACUAUUCUGCGUUUGGUCCUUUCCAAGUCAUUCUGAUAAUAAUCCUUGGUUACACAUUUGCCGGUUUAGAGAUCUCUGGGUUUUUUUUUUUUUUUAAUGACGCGUGCAUUUAAACCUUGCUGCAUACCUAAUAGGAUAUGACAAAACUAAUAAUUAUAUUUGUAGUGAUCUGAUUUCUGAUUUCUUUUUUUUUCCCCUUAACAAAAGUAUCAUAGUUCUUUGUGUUUAUCUGACAGCAUCAGCCUAGGUUCCUAACGGCUGACGUUGGCACCACAGGGUGAUCUGCACAGAUCACAUGGUGCAGUGUAUGGUCAUAAGUUUAUCAUGAAAAUUUUUUGAGGGGGUCGUUCAACGUUUUGGUAAGCUAAACAAGCUGUUUUUAGUAGCCAAUGUUUCAAGCCCUCGGAACGAGCGAAAAUGAAAGUUUGUCACUAUUAGUGAAAAUAUUUAUUUUGCAGAAAACAUAUUGGGGCUUAAAGGAUAAGCCAGUAAUUAUUGUUAUAAAUUAAGAUAAAUUUAGGAAAUGUUAUGAAAGUACAAAACUUGAAAUUAAUAAAGUUUUUAAAAUGCAUACAAAUAAAAUAUUUUAAUAAGCACCUGAAUUUCACUAGUUUUGAAAAGGGCAACAGAGUUUUGGACCCACUGUUCUUAUGGCACCCAAGGCAGCCCUCCGUAACCCCUCGACCCCGUUAAACGUCACUGUCAGUAACCCCCAUGUCCAGUGUGGUAGUGACCUCACCGUCUACACACCGCUGUAUGUGUUCGCAGAUACUAUGGUUAUGACUUCAGGAAUAAAAUUCCUUUUAUUGCACAGACUAUGCCAAAAGAAGACACGUGACCUGUGAUAGGAGAUGGACAUUGUUGGCUGAUCAAAACGAUUGGCAGACGCUCAACAAAGCUUUAAUAACGACCAGAAUAUAUCCUCUCAACAUAUCUUCCUGCCCGAGGUGGAUACCUUUAGGUCAAGUCUCAGAAGUUCACAUGACAACAGAGUAUCUCCAGUAUUGCUGGCAGGGUAUCUCCACUAUUGCCGGCAGGAAUAUCCCCGCCAUCCUCCUCCACCCGCUUGUUAGUGAGUGUUCAGCACUGUUUAUCAGAGCACAUGUUAGCACUUGGUCAGAUGCUGCAGCUUGCUGGUCGGCACUAGGAACUGCCGUCUGUUACAACGGUUGGUGUUCACAGACAAUAAAGACCUUGUCCAGAACUGAAUGCCAUGAGUAUUGGCAGUGUCUCAAGCUCUCAGUAUUCAUAACAUUUCACUGGGUGGUUUCGCCCGGAUGUGGACACGGAGAGAUGAACACUUGGUGCUGACUUGCGAGUGAAGCUUGUCCGCUGGUCCUACAUCUUCUCUGAAGGCUGGUGGUCUUCUCACCAUCGAGCCAGGGCUCAGCGGACUCUGUCGUCUGGUAUCCUGUACCCACCACCACUUUCUCCCUGUCCAUCGCUCGGAUACUUACAUAAUGUCCACGAAGUGAAAUUUUUUUCUCUUGCUUGAACAGGGUGUCAGGUUUGCCUGAAUAUUAUCUUUUUUUUUUUUUUUUUUUGCCUGAAUGUGCAUUCAGAUAUCGCAGAUUUUUCUAUUAAGCACACGGCCGUUCAUUCAAGAUGGGGUGUAGUGUGAACAAAGUUGACUGUAGACUACUGAAUAUUUUUGUUGGCGUCUUGUCUGGUGUUGCAGCAGUGUCGCUUAAAUGGUAGAAACAGGACUAGUGAGCGAACUCUUGAGGUUCCAUCCCCCCGUCUUCACCAUCCCUUCCACCCACUCGUUCCUUCCCCUUACAGUUGACACAUCUGUGUGGCUGAGUAGACUUCACGGUCCAGUGAGAAAGCGAACUUCGUAAGUCCAUGGCUUGUUCUUGUUGUCUAGCAUGCACAAAGUACUGAGGCGAGACUGCUGUGAUAGUUUCCAGAUCGAGGUCUUCUUGGCAGUACAGACAGGCGAGUAAUGCUGUAGUCCUCCUCUAGUGUGUGUGUGUUCGUUGGUCCGGCAGAAAGAUGCGACAGAUCAGCAGUCACGCAUCCACACACACACACCUGACCCCAGGUUUUGACAUUUGACCCUUGCUCCUGUUAGCCAGGACAGUCGCUGAAGUUAACCAGUGUGUGUCUUGUGUACGAGAGUGUGUAAGCGCGUGUGUGCUGGCGUUUGUCUUUAUCAGGGAUUUUUUUUAAAAUAUUAUUUUUGCUCUCGGCAAGUUGCGCUGUUUAUUUCAGCAUCAUUUUUUGGAUCCUUUAUGUUCCCCUUUCGCAUGCCCCCCUCCUUCUUCUCCUCCUCCUCCCCUUCCCUCUGUACAUGGUAAACAUUGCGCCUCCUUCGAAGCCGACGGCUCUUUUGUUGUCCGACAUUGACACAAUGACAUUUUUGCCGUAGUUCUAGAGACAAAUAUUUUAUAUGUCGUCCUAUUUUUGGUACAGUUGAGUCUUUUUAGACAUUUUUCAAAAAGAUAUAUGUAGUGAUGCUUCCGCAAUAUAAGAAUAAAUAAUAUGAUCAUUCGAC